GAAAAUGGUCAUCUCACAAAUUAAUUUAACAACAAUUGAUGCUCAGUCUUCUGCAGAUUUGACGCCAUGCGAGUCAUGCUUUAUUGUUGAGGAGCAUAUUCAUUCUAUAGGCGCUUACACGAUCCACUUCUUGUUACGUGAUUAUGGGAGAAAUUUCCAAGGCAGUGGUUCUCAUUUUGCUGUGGGACGUUGUUGCUCUGGUCCGAUGCGGUCACCGCCAGCCAUACGGACCUCCCCCACGUGAUCAAGACCCAUUUGCGAGUUCGGGCAGCUCGAUAAAGGUUGCGCAACCUUUGACCUACGGAGCAGCCCUUCAAGCCGAAGUCGAACGCCUUCAUCGUCUGAACGUGGACGUGUUCCCCCCAGCGAACGAGUCCUACUUCGUCCCCUACGGAGACAGAACCAUUGUUUCCCUCCAGUUCCCCUCAUUGUCGGAGGAGGACGUCACGCGGGCCAACAUCAACAAUGACCUCGGCCUUGGCUCCGAAUAUGGUGCUGGAUGGGGUCCCAAGAAGCCCCUCCGAAAAGCCACCGAUUUCGGAGCUAUCUCCUCCCAAAAUUACGUCUACCGUCGCAACGUUCGGGAUUAUACGGGAUUUAACAAAAUAUUCGAGAACGGGCGCUCCUCCCAGGACAUCCUCAUGGACGUGGGCAAACUCAUCGCCAUCACACAAAAUAUGAAGAAGCAGGCGUCGUCCACUUCAGAAAGGGGGAGUGGUAGCCGCCGUAGUGGUGGCGGUGGCGAUGGUGGGGCUGCCAGCACUCUGGUCAACCUUCUAGCCGCUCUGAACAAGGGUUCGAGUGGGUACGGUCCACCCCCCACUCAGGGCUGGGGGUGGGAGGAAAAGAAGAAAAAGCCAGAACCAUCCUUCGCCCUAGUCGCGAUCGAAAGUCGCGUCAAGAUUUCGGAAACUGAGCCUCGAGAGCAGUCUCUGACGAAUGGGUCGCUCAUCUUCCCCUCACCCUCGAACCCGGACGUGCUCACCUUUGUGCCCUUCAUCCUCAGGUCUCCGGGGGACAUUGAGACCAUUUUCAGCGGAUACAAGGACGACACGAAGGGACUCGUGCCCGAGGAGAAGCGCGACCUCAUGUCCUUCCUCAAGUUGGUCGAGGGGAUUCAUGCCGACUCGUGUCUGGACGGGAAGGAGCGGCUGCAUCGCAUCCGACGGCUGAGCGAAGGCCUGAGCAGACCCAGACUUCCCAAAAGCCAGCUCUUUGUGGACGACCCGCUCGAAGGGGAGGAAGCCCUGGCCAGAGAAACCCUCUGGUUGUACUCGUCCACCAUUGCGCUGCGAACACUCAGUCCACCCCUCAACGAGAAAAAGCUGUAUCUACUUCCGGUCGUGGACACUUAUGUGGAAAUCCCACCUCCAGUACUUCACUACGGAGCCCCGGAGCCUCUUCUGCCACUGGUGGGACCACCCCCAGCGUUGGUGUUGGGCGACUCGUACGGAGACAUCGUUCCACCUCCUCACGCUCUCCCUCAGUUCGGUCCCCAUCUGUCCGAAGUGGAGGGAGCCUACGCGGACCAUCGUGGCGGAGUGACCGCCGUCAAACCGGGCAGCAGCAGCAGUUCAAGCAGCAGUUCAUACUUUUACAGAGCAGUCAACAAUAUCAAACAGAAAUUACAUGGUAAACUAGUUAACUAAUUGUAUAAUAAUUGUGAUGUGAUAUUUAAUAAUUUCUCAAUAUGCCCCUUAUGUAUGCUUUAACUUGUAAGUAUAUUAGUAUACAGCAAUAAAUCUUGCUACACUAAAAAUGCCGAAGCAAUUCAUGUACAAAAUAUUAUGAUGUGUGUAGCAAAUAAAGUUUGUCAACCAAAUGCUGAUUUCUGUAACCGCAA